CUCUCUCUCUCAUACACACACACACACGCACACACGCGCGCGCGCACACACACACACACACACACACGUACACUAAAAAACUCGGACCAGCAGCGCCGCAGCUGCUCCAAUCCCUGGAAAAGGCAAUCGAGCGCCCUCCGGACCGCUGCGCACAGCCCCGGCUCCGACCUGGCGCCCAAAACAGAGCUAGUCCUAGUCCCUCGCGCGGCCAGUUUGGCCGGGUGUUCCCAAAAAUAAAGCGAGGAGGGAAGGUACAGACAGAUCUUGAAAACACCCGGGCCACACACGCCGCGACCUACAGCUCUUUCUCAGCGUUGGAGUGGAGACGGCGCCCGCAGCGCCCUGCGCGGGUGAGGUCCGCGCAGCUGCUGGGGAAGAGCCCACCUGUCAGGCUGCGCUGGGUCAGCGCAGCAAGUGGGGCUGGCCGCUAUCUCGCUGCACCCGGCCGUGUCCCGGGCUCCGUGCGCCCUCGCCCCAGCUGGUUUGGAGUUCAACCCUCGGCUCCGCCGCCGGCUCCUUGCGCCUUCGGAGUGUCCCGCAGCGACGCCGGGAGCCGACGCGCCGCGCGGGUACCUAGCCAUGGCUCGGGCGAGCAGGCUGCUCUUUCUGUGGCUGGGCUGCUUCUGCGUGAGCCUGGCGCAGGGAGAGAGACCGAAGCCACCUUUCCCGGAGCUCCGCAAAGCUGUGCCAGGUGACCGCACGGCAGGUGGUGGCCCGGACUCCGAGCUGCAGCCGCAAGACAAGGUCUCUGAACACAUGCUGCGGCUCUAUGACAGGUACAGCACGGUCCAGGCGGCCCGGACACCGGACUCCCUGGAGGGAGGCUCGCAGCCCUGGCGCCCUCAGCCCCUGCGCGAAGGCAACACGGUUCGCAGCUUUCGGGCGGCAGCAGCAGAAACUCUUGAAAGAAAAGGACUGUAUAUCUUCAAUCUGACAUCGCUAACCAAGUCUGAAAACAUUUUGUCUGCCACACUGUAUUUCUAUAUUGGAGAGCUAGGAAACAUCAGCCUGAGUUGUCCAGUGUCUGGAGGAUGCUCCCAUCAUGCUCAGAGGAAACACAUUCAGAUUGAUCUUUCUGCAUGGACCCUCAAAUUCAGCAGAAACCAAAGUCAACUCCUUGGCCAUCUGUCAGUGGAUAUGGCCAAAUCUCAUCGAGAUAUUAUGUCCUGGCUGUCUAAAGAUAUCACUCAAUUCUUGAGGAAGGCCAAAGAAAAUGAAGAGUUCCUCAUAGGAUUUAACAUUACGUCCAAGGGACACCAGCUGCCAAAGAGGAGGUUACCUUUUCCAGAGCCUUAUAUCUUGGUAUAUGCCAAUGAUGCUGCCAUUUCUCAGCCAGAAAGUGUGGUAUCAAGCUUACAGGGACACCGGAAUUUUCCCACUGGAACUGUUCCCAAAUGGGAUAGCCACAUCAGAGCUGCCCUUUCCACUGAACGGAGGAAGAAGCGCUCUACUGGGGUCUUGCUGCCUCUGCAGAACAACGAGCUUCCUGGGGCAGAAUACCAGUAUAAAAAGGAUGAGGUGUGGGAGGAGAGAAAGCCUUACAAGACCCUUCAGACUCAGCCCCCUGAAAAGAGUAAGAAUAAAAAGAAACAGAGAAAGGGACCUCAUCAGAAGAGCCAGACACUCCAAUUUGAUGAGCAGACCCUGAAAAAGGCAAGAAGAAAGCAGUGGAUUGAACCUCGGAAUUGCGCCAGGAGAUACCUCAAAGUAGACUUUGCAGAUAUUGGCUGGAGUGAAUGGAUUAUCUCCCCCAAGUCCUUUGAUGCCUAUUAUUGCUCUGGAGCAUGCCAGUUCCCCAUGCCAAAGUCUUUGAAGCCAUCAAAUCAUGCUACCAUCCAGAGUAUAGUGAGAGCUGUGGGAGUCGUUCCUGGGAUUCCUGAGCCUUGCUGUGUACCAGAAAAGAUGUCCUCGCUCAGUAUUUUAUUCUUUGAUGAAAAUAAGAAUGUAGUGCUUAAAGUAUACCCUAACAUGACAGUAGAGUCUUGCGCUUGCAGAUAACCUGGCAAAGAACUCAUUUGAAUGCUUAAUUCAAUCAUUAGUUUAUUUUUAUGGACUUCUUCCGGUUUUUUUUUUUUUUUUGCACUGCCAAUGCAUUUUGUUUCAAAAGAUUAUUUCUAUAGUCAGAGGGGAAUGAGCAAAUAGACUGAAGAUUGCCACCAAGGAAAAGGACUGUAUUUGUUUCUGAAUGUAACUUAAAGCGAGAUUUUUAGUAAAUAUGGACAUCUAUUUCUCUUUUUGUAAUCAAACACAACAACUUAUCAAACUGUUUUUAGAACUGUUAGAGAACACACGGGUUUAUUUUUGUAAUGUUCUUUGAAAACAGAAUGGAGAAGCAGCAAUAGCUUGUCAUUUAUCUCAUUUAAUGACUAAUGGGAAAUAGAGAACAAUUUCACGUUUUGAAUUAGGCUUAUUGCCUUAGAUUCCUGAGAAAGUGCUAAAUAAUCAACUCUGAUGUUUUUCUUAAGUUCUUGAGACUCUUGUUUAUCCUUGUUUUCCCUCCACAAGUCAUUGUCUAAGUGUAAUGGAAAGUUUAUGCUGAGCGUUAGUGUGUAUGUAUGUGCGUACAUGCACCAGGUGCCUGUGCCCUCUGUAGGAUGGUUUGCUUAAUAUGGUUUUAUAAUUCAGUUUACACAGGAUUCUUUAUUUUUUUAAUUUUAUAUUUUGGCAAACACCAUUCAGUUAUAAGAACUUUGCCAAAUAUGAUAGAAUAAUUCAAGAGCAUAUACAGAGAGUUACCACUUGACCCAGCUAUUUAAUUGCAAAUACAGUUGUUUUCAUUUCAUUUCCUACCAGAAAAAGGAAUCAGCAACCUAGUUUUUGAAAACACAAGUAUAAUUCCUCUUUUGUACUUCUUUUUCACAAAUGCUUUUAUUUAUUCUAAAUUGAAUUUAAAAAUCCUUCCUAAAGCCAUUAACUCUUUAAUUCUCCUGAUAUGCCUUUACUUCCUAUGAAGUUAUUGGUAGAUGUUGAGGCCCAAAAACUGAUAGAAUAUUGAAGAUCUUCUUAAAUGACCAAUUUAACCAUAACCAAAUAUUGAAUAUCAUUCUUCAGUCACAUCUAAGUCAGGCACUUUUUCACAUAGAUCAGGGCUUUUGGCUCAGUCAUGAACUCUACAAGUUAGCAAAGCUUACAAAACAUUAUUCACCAGGUAUGGGAAUCAAAUAUAGACACUUGUUUGUCUUUGCUUUCCAUUUCUAUGUGUCACAUACAUAUAUGUGUCCUCUUAUAACUUUACUCUUCAAAAUUAUUUCAAUAUCCUUCUUCUCAUUAUAUUUAUUUGUGUGAUGGAAAUGCUUUCAGGCCGUAGAUCAUUGUUGGUGUUAAUCUGUGGUUAAUCCUCAUUUUAGUUCCGUCUUAUCUGAUACUUAGAAAUAUCUCAGCCAUUUUGGAGGCUGUGCAGUAUCAGAAGACAUGGAGUUUGUUCUGUCUCUGCCUGUAGCUAAUUAUGGUGGUUCAGUCAUUUAAUAAAUAUGUUUUGAGCAUCUAUUUUGUGAAAGGCACUGUGUUACCUGUGUGUCUUUAGUGUCCUCACUGGUAAAAUGAAGAGGCUGGCCAUGAGCUGGAAGGGUUAAGUUUAUAAUUCCAGCUAUUUCACACCCGUCUUCCUUGAAGGAAUGAUAGCGAUAGAUAUAAAAACACUGUAAGUCCCUCUUUUAAUAAACUAAAUGCAAGAACAUCGUA